GGCCGGCGGCCGCUCCCGGCUGCGCCCACCCCAAGGCUGGGAGCCCCCGGCCCGGCGCUGCUCUGCCCCAUGGGGAUCCGCGAGUUUCCCGGCGGCGCGGGCAGGGUCAAGACCAUCACGCUCGGCAUGAGGCGGUCCCCGGACGUCAGCCCGCGGCGGCUGUCGGACAUCAGCCCGCAGCUCCGGCAGCUCAAGUACCUGGUGGUGGACGAGGCCAUCAAGGAGGACCUGAAGUGGUCCCGCUCCGUGGAGGAUCUUACCAGCGCCUCCGUGGGGCUCACGUCCAUCGAGGAGAGGAUUCUCCGCAUCACCGGCUACUACGGCUACCAGCCCUGGGCUGCCAGCUACAACCGGGAUGAGCGCUCCCGGGAAUCUCCAGCCCCAGCAGAAGCACAAGUGCAAGCUGGGGUGGAAGGCAGUGGAAGAGUGAAUCGCUGCUGUUGGAAAUGCUCUGUGACCCAACUGAAGAAAUUUUUCUGGGGCGUGGCAAUGGUCCUGGGGGUCUGCUCUUCCUGGUCAGGUUCAACACAGCUGGCAAAACUGACCUUUCAGAAAUUUGACGCACCCUUCACUCUGACAUGGUUUGCAACAAACUGGAACUUUUUAUUCUUUCCUUUGUAUUAUAUUGGACAUGUUUUUAAGUCAGCUGAGAAGCAAACUCCAAAGCAAAGGUACAGGGAGUGCUGCCAAUUUUUUGGAGACAACGGCUUGACUCUGAAGGCUUUUUUUACCAAGGCAGCACCCUUUGGUGUUCUUUGGACACUCACAAACUACCUGUAUUUACAUGCAAUAAAGAAGAUAAACACGACGGAUGUCUCCGUGCUGUUCUGCUGCAACAAAGCUUUUGUGUUCUUGCUUUCAUGGAUUGUUCUCAGGGACAGGUUCAUGGGAGUGAGGAUUGUGGCUGCUAUAUUUGCUAUCGCAGGGAUAGUCAUGAUGACUUAUGCGGAUGGAUUCCACAGUCAUUCAGUUAUUGGAAUAGCACUUGUUGUGGGAUCUGCCUCAAUGUCUGCUCUUUAUAAGGUUCUGUUCAAACUUCUCCUGGGAAGCGCUAAAUUUGGAGAAGCCGCCUUAUUCUUGUCUGUACUGGGUAUCUUCAAUGUCCUUUUCGUCACUUGUAUUCCUGUCAUUCUUUACUUUACCAAAGUGGAAUACUGGAGUGGUUUUGAUGUCAUUCCUUGGGGAAACCUUUGUGGAUUUUCAAUUCUCUUAUUGACAUUCAAUAUUAUAUUAAAUUUUGGAAUUGCUAUUACAUAUCCCACCUUGAUAUCUCUUGGAAUAGUACUGAGUGUACCUGUAAAUGCAGUUGUUGAUCACUACACGAGUGAAAUUGUCUUCAACAGUGUCCGUGUAAUUGCCAUCAUCAUCAUUGGCCUGGGCUUCCUCCUGCUGCUUUUACCAGAGGAAUGGGAUGUCUGGCUAAUGAAAAUCCUCACUCACCUCAAAGUGCGGAAGAAGGAAGAAAUCCCCGAGGGGAAUGGAGACAUCAUUUCAGGACUGCCAAACAAAAGCAGAAGAACCCGCCCCUCCAUGUCAUCCUUCACCCAUUAAUGUUAUUUUUACUGAAUCUCUAUAAUUAACAUUGUAUGUUAUGUUUCAAAGAUAUUUUCUUGCAAAGAAGCACAUAUGUCCAAUAUGGUGUACAUACCUGUACAGUUUUGAUAUGAUACAGUCAGAGACAUCAAGUUUUGGCAUGUCCAAGUUGCUUGCACUUUUUUCACAUCAGACCUUUCACUUAAAUGUACCACUUAAAAAAAAAGAAAGCAAAACAAAAACCUCUCAGCUCUUUUUAAAUGAAUGUAAAGUAUAGGCAGAUUAUCUUUGCGUAUGUUAUUUUAAAGAUCAAUUUUCAUGAGAAGCAGGGAAGAUGUUUUGAACAUUAGAUACUGAAUGAUGCAUUGCACACUGUGAUUUACGAUAAAUGCUAUGCUACAUCCCACAUUUAUUUUUAUUAACCAGAGCUGUACUCUAAAAGUUUUCAAAGAACCAAAAGAAAAUCUUCUGGGGGGUGGGGGUGUGUGAAAGAGAGUGCAGAGGGAGGGAUAUAUGGUGGAUAUCAGGGAGUGUAUGACAGGGGGUACAUCACUCUAGAUAUACCCUGUUCAUAUGCUCUCCCUGAAAAGCAUCCACUCCUGCCGCUGUCAGAGACACGAUACUGGGAUAGAUGGACCCUUGGUCUAGCCCAGUAUGGCACUUAUGUUCUUAAGUCAUUCUGUGGAGCUGUGCUGGAACAAAAACAAGGUAGAAGUGCUAAAAGGCUUGCACUAAAGUAUUAGAGGAGAAGCAGCCUAGAGCCCAAAUCUCCUUAUACUGCACAUGACUACAAUCCACACUGAAGAUCAUGCAAGAGAAAUAUAGUGCCUUUUACAGAACUCUAGUCUUUAUUUGUGUAGUACCAGGUCAUGCCACAAGUUACUUGUAUAGUCUUACAAUGAUGGCGCCCAGUCCUGGAGCCCUAGCACUCCCAAAACUCCCACUGAAGUCAACGAGAGUCCCUAUGAGCCAUCAAUUUCAGUGGGAAGUUAGAGAGCUCGGGGACUGCAAAUCUGUGCCCUGCGGAACAGAUUCUCUUCUCACUGGCACAAGUUUUACCCCCGUGUGGAGUUAUUCUUAAUUUACACCAGUUUGAGAAAGAGGAAAGCCAAAUUGGGUCUGGAGAGACCCUACUUAAAAUGAAAAAUGAAGCUAGAGCAACAUGGUUUGUGAUGUACAGUAUGAGAAUAAUGAAGGCUGAAAAGGCAAGUUGCCAGUUGCUUUUACUCCAUAACUGUGAGUAUAAACGAAAAGAAAUGUCAGAUUGUUACAUAAAAUGUAACGCUUUUUAUGACACUUGUAAGCACCAGGAUGUUUACUUACGCGAUUUUGGUUCGCCAUUAAAUUUCUAUCUGUGAUAGAUCACGCGCUAUGUACAAAAUGAGAAAAACCGUUAAGAGUUUACUAUUUUUGAAGUUUACAUUGUUGCAUACAAAAUUAAAAUGUUAUUUUGAACUGUUGCCAUAACCCGGCGGUACCUGCUGUGGCUGAGGCAUUCUCUGUCAGAUAAGGCUGGCACUUGCAUCAGAACGUUCCAGCAAAGCAGCGCCGGAGUCCAUUAUCUGUUUGGCAAAGCUAAUUAAUAAAACAUUUGAAAAUCAA